UACUGUUGCUCUGUGGUUCGUAGUCGCGCGCGUGUCAGUGAGUUAGCUCAUAAGUUUAAUUCAGAUAGUUUGAAGCAUCUUCUGUCGUUUAGGAGGGCCAGUGAUUUGUUACAGUUGAAGGCAGAUCUGUUUGUAUUUUAGUUUAAUUUGCUUCGUGAAAGAGGUAAACGGUACAAAUGGCUGGAACAGAAGGACCUCUGAAGAGUUUGUUUGAGAAUAAGGCUCUCAGUAAGACCAAGAAAGAUGACAAGCGUCUGUCUGUGGAAAGAAUCUAUCAGAAGAAGACCCAGCUGGAGCAUAUUCUGCUCCGGCCUGACACCUACAUAGGCUCUGUGGAGCCUGUUACUCAGCAAAUGUGGGUGUUUGAUGAGGUUAUGGGAUUGAACUGUAGAGACAUCACGUAUGUCCCAGGACUCUACAAGAUCUUUGACGAGAUUCUGGUGAAUGCUGCUGAUAACAAACAGAGGGACAAAGCUAUGAACUGCAUCAAGGUUAACAUUGACUCGGAGAAUAACACCAUCAGUGUGUGGAACAACGGAAAGGGUAUUCCUGUGGUUGAGCACAAGGUGGAAAAGGUGUAUGUUCCUGCUCUUAUCUUCGGGCAACUCCUGACCUCCAGUAACUAUGAUGAUGAUGAGAAGAAGGUCACAGGUGGCCGUAAUGGAUACGGUGCGAAGCUGUGUAACAUCUUCAGCAUCAAGUUCACGGUGGAGACUGCGUGUCGAGAGUCAAGACACUUUUUCAAACAGACAUGGUUUGAUAACAUGGGCCGAGCAGGCGAGUAUAAGAUCAAACCCUUUGAUGGCGAUGACUACACCUGCAUCACGUUCCAGCCGGACCUGGCAAAGUUUAAGAUGCAGGCAUUAGAUAAAGACACUGUCGCACUGCUGACUCGACGAGCAUAUGACAUCGCUGGGUCCUCUAAGGGUGUCCGUGUCUUUCUCAACGGCAAGAAGCUGCCUGUUAAUGGUUUCCGUAGCUAUGUGGACCUGUAUCUAAAGGAUAAGGUGGAUGAGACCGGUUCUCCCCUGACAAUAGUCCAUGAGAUUGUGAAUGAGCGCUGGGAGGUGUGUCUUACCCUUAGUGAUAAAGGGUUCCAGCAAGUCAGCUUUGUUAACAGCAUUGCCACGACUAAGGGUGGCAGACACACCGAAUAUGUUGCAGACCAGAUUGUGUCCAAACUGAUUGAAGUGGUAAAAAAGAAGAACAAGGCUGGAGUGGUUGUCAAACCUUUCCAGGUGAAGAAUCACGUGUGGUUGUUUGUGAACUGUCUGAUUGAGAACCCCAGCUUUGACUCUCAGACCAAAGAGAACAUGACAUUACAGCAGAAGAAUUUCGGUUCCACCUGCCCUCUGAGUGACAAGUUUGUUAAACAGGCUAAUAACUGUGGAAUUGUGGAGAGCAUUAUGAACUGGGUGAAGUUUAAAGCCCAGGCUCAGCUCAAUAAGAAAUGCUCUGCUGUCAAACACACUAAGAUUAAAGGAGUACCCAAGCUGGAUGACGCCAACGAUGCAGGUGGAAAGAACUCCAAUAGCUGCACUCUGAUCCUGACCGAAGGAGACUCGGCCAAAACUCUGGCCGUGUCGGGUCUAGGUGUGGUGGGACGUGACCGCUAUGGUGUCUUCCCUCUGCGUGGUAAAAUGCUCAAUGUUCGAGAGGCAUCACACAAACAGAUCAUGGAGAAUGCUGAGAUCAACAACAUCAUAAAGAUCCUGGGUCUGCAGUACAAGAAGAACUACAGUGACCCUGAGUCACUCAAGAGCCUGCGCUACGGCAAGCUCAUGAUCAUGACAGAUCAGGAUCAAGACGGAUCUCACAUUAAAGGCCUUCUCAUCAACUUUAUCCAUCAUAACUGGCCGUCACUGCUGCGCCACAACUUCCUAGAAGAGUUCAUCACACCCAUCAUCAAGGCAUCCAAUAAAAAGCAGGAACUUGCUUUCUACAGUAUCCCAGAGUUCAAUGAGUGGAAGGAGAAGCAAAGUAGCACCAAAUCCUGGAAGAUCAAAUACUACAAAGGUUUGGGUACCAGCACAUCUAAGGAGGCCAAAGAGUAUUUUUCGGAUAUGACGAGACACCGAAUCCCUUUUAAGUACUCUGGGCCGGCUGAUGAUGAAGCUAUCACCCUGGCCUUUAGUAAGAAGAUGGUAGAUGAGAGGAAGGAAUGGCUGACCAGCUUCAUGAUCAACAGACGUCAGCGCAGAGAACACAACCUGCCUGAGGAGUACCUGUAUGGACAGGAAACCUCAUCCCUCUCCUACCAUGACUUUAUCAAUAAAGAGCUUGUGCUGUUCUCCAACUCUGACAACGAGAGAUCAAUCCCCUGCUUGGUGGAUGGUCUAAAACCAGGCCAAAGGAAAGUGCUCUUCUGCUGUUUUAAGAGGAAUGAUAAGAGAGAGGUGAAAGUGGCUCAGUUGGCUGGAUCAGUGGCUGAGAUGUCAGCAUACCACCAUGGAGAGGUCUCUCUGAUGAUGACCAUUGUGGGUCUUGCUCAGAACUUUGUGGGCAGUAAUAAUUUGAACCUGCUUCAGCCUCUGGGUCAGUUUGGCACACGUCUGCAUGGAGGCAAAGACUCUGCCAGCCCCAGAUACAUCUUUACUAUGCUCAGUCCACUUGCUCGUCUGCUGUUUCCUGCUGUGGACGAUAACCUAUUGAAGUAUAACUUUGAUGAUAAUUUGCGAGUGGAGCCAGAGUGGUACAUACCCAUCAUUCCUCUGGUGCUGGCUAAUGGAGGUGAGGGCAUCGGCACAGGAUGGGCCAGCCGCAUCCCCAACUAUGACGUGAGAGAGAUCAUCAACAAUAUUCGCCGCAUGCUCAAUGGAGAAGAUCCACUUCCCAUGCUGCCAAGCUAUAAGGGGUUCAAAGGCACCAUUGAUGAACUGGCGAAGAAUCAGUAUGUGAAUAAUGGAGAGGUGGCCAUCAUUGACUCUACCACCAUUGAGAUCACUGAACUGCCAAUCAAAACCUGGACACAGACCUAUAAGGAGAAUGUUUUGGAGGCGAUGCUGAACGGCACGGAGAAGGUUCCUGCUUUGAUCACCGACUAUAAGGAGUAUCAUACAGACACCACAGUGCGUUUCGUCAUUAAGAUGACAGAGGAGCGCCUGAGAGAGGCUGAGGCAGCUGGACCACACAAAGUCUUCAAACUACAGAAUCUGCUCACCUGUCACUCCAUGGUGUUGUUUGAUCAUGUGGGCAGUCUGAAGAAGUACGAGUCUGUUCAGGACAUCUUGAAGGAUUUCUUUGAGCUCAGAAUGAAGUAUUAUGUCCUCAGGAAAGACUGGCUGCUAGGUAUGCUGGGGGCUGAAAGUGCCAAACUUUCCAACCAGGCCCGAUUCAUUCUGGAGAAGAUCCAGGGCACACUGGUCAUUGAAAAUAAACCUAAGAAGGAGCUGAUCCGCAUGCUUCAGCAGAUGGGCUAUGACUCGGACCCUGUUAAGGCAUGGAAAGAUGCUCAGGAGAAGGAUGCAGAGGAGGAUGAGGAUGAGGAGGAGAAGGAAAAAGAGGAUACAUCUGGCCCGGAUUAUAACUAUCUACUCAGCAUGCCAAUGUGGUACCUGACCAAAGAAAAGAAAGAUGAGCUGUGCAGACAGAGAGAUGCUAAGACGACGGAGUUGAACACGCUCAAGAUAAAAGCACCUGCUGAUCUGUGGAAAGAGGAUCUGGCAGCCUUUACUGAGGAGCUGGAGCGUGUGGAACAGAAGGAGAUGGAGUCACAAAAUGCAGUUCCUGUGGUGAAAGGAAAAGUGGGAAAAUCAAAGGUGGUGAAGGUAAAGAACGAGACCAUGCCCACUCCACAGGGCCGCCGCGUCAUCCCCCGCAUCACCAGCACCAUGAAGGUCCAAGCCGUUAAGAAGGAGGGAGCCAAACGAGGCAAAGCUGUGAAGAAAGAAGCUGGUGUGGUGAUGAAGAUGGAGUUUGAUGAUGAUGCAGAUGCAGCAGCUGACAGCUCUGAGAUGGGACUGACUGCAAGAAUCACUAAGAAGGUCAAGAAAGAGCCAGCCAAAGACAAAAGCACAAAGUCAGGCAAGCAGACCACCCUCUCCUUUAAACCGGUCCAGAAGAACAACCCCUGGUCUUCUGAGGAAGGAGAGUCUGAAUCUGACAUGGAGCUCAUCCCUGAGGAAGUGGCUCCAAGAGAAAAGAAAGAGCGCAAAGCUGCGGCGGAAAAGAAGUACAGUCUGUCGAGCAGUGAAGACGAGUUUGAUGACUUCGCGAAGAGCUCUAAACAGAAGCGCGCUGUCAUUGAGGAUGAUGAGUCUUUCAUCCCAGAACCCAGCGGUGCUGCUGAUAGUAACAUUGACUCCCCUCCUCCCGCACCUGUUGUGAAAAAAGCACCAGCAAAAGCCAGCAAACCAAAAGUAGAGAAACCCGAAGCCAGUAGCAAGUCUGGCUCUGAGACCAGCCAAGAGACGGCCCCUAAACCUGUGAAAAAAUCAGCUGUAGGAGCCACCAAGAAACCGGCCGCAAAGAAGACAACUGCUUCUAAGAAGAAAGCAACAGAUGCAAAACAGCCCUCAAUCCUUGAUGUGCUCUCUAAAACAAGUCCUAAAAAAACCAAAGCCACCAAGAAGCCUGCUGCUGUCAUACAGUCUUCUGACUCGGAUGGCGCAGCCCCUUUUGUGGUUGAGAAGAAACCAGCCAAGAAGAGGAAGCCCGCUCUGAGCAGUGACCAAUCAGACGGCUCGGACUCUGACAGUGGCAAUCUGAUGGCUCGGCUCAAGGGCAAAAGCACUGCUGGAAAGAAAGCAAAGAGCUGGGAGGAUGACGACAGCUUUCAGCUGGAAGAGAAGGUCGUGAUGUCUGCAGCUCCCAGGAGCCGAGCUGCACGUACCACCAAACCUGUGACCUACACUCUUGAUUCAGAUUCUGAUGACUAUUAAAUGUCCUGAAGUAGCCUGUAUGUAUGAUACUUGAAGGUCACGGAGUUGUUUGAGGUUUUUUUUACUUAAA